AUGAAUUUAUAUGGAACGUUAUUUUUGACAUUUUCGACGACAUUUUGUCCUCUUCUUGCUGGUUCUUUGACUAUGGGAAUUUUUGCAUAUCUUGGAUAUCCGAUCAACUGUUUAAUGCUAAUGACACCUUUCUUGGUUUUGGCUGUUGGUGUUGAUGAUGCUUUUUUAAUGAUGCAUCAUUGGUUUAAAUCUGUCGAAGUUGAUAGUUCCGUUCGUUUUUGUGCCGUUUUAAUUCAUGUUGGACCAUCCAUUUCGUUCACUUCAUUAACGAACAUUUGUGCAUUUUGCAUUGGUGGGAUGCUGGCAACUCCAGCUCUUCAAUUGUUUUGUUAUUGUACAGCAGUGGCUUUGAUAUCCGAUUGGAUUUUACAACUUUUUGUUUUCGCUCCAACUCUUUUAAAUUUUCAUUAUUGUUCGUAUGAUAUAUCAUUAAAAAUUUCUCAAAAACACAGAUAUUCUAUCAUAAAAUAUUGCGAAAAUCUUCAAAAAACAUCGAUUCGUUUCAUAUUUAUUAUAUUUCUAAUAAUUUAUUGGACAUUUGGUAUAUAUGCUUUAUUACAAAUGCAACAAGAUUUUUCACCGAAGAAGGCGUUAGAUACCAAUUCACAUUUCGCAAAAUCGUUGCCAGUAAUUGAUCAGUCUCAACAAGAAAUGUUCGUCAAAUUUCAGGCUUUUAGUGAAUAUGAUAUUAUAACAGUAUUCAUAACAAAACUACCACCGGAUGCGAGGACUCUUCUUAAUGGAAUAAGUUCGAUACAACAGUUGGAAUAUAUUUGUGACAAUUUUAAUACUUGGAUAGAAGACUACGAUUUACAAUAUUAUUCCUCUAAUGACACACGAAAUAUUACUCUUGACAAAUAUUUUGAACAUUUGCCUGAAUUUCGGAAAAUAUAUAAUGACGGAUAUAGUCGAAACGUUCUAUAUGAUCAAAAGGAAGAUAAAAAAUUAAUAAUUAAAAAUAUUUCACUUAAAAUAUGUCUUCAUGGACUCGCUACAUGGCGACAACGUGCAAUAGCACACGUGGAUUUAAGAAAACAUUUGCCUCCUGGUUUUAUUAUAUAUACUUACGAUUCAACGAUAUUUGAUGUAAUGAUAACCGCUAAGAAAAUCACUCUUCACUCAUGUAUUAUUACGACAAUUUGUAUGAUUAUUCUAUCCACUGUUUUCAUUCCAACUGUACAAGCUGCAACUGUUGCUGCCCUUUCUGUUUUAUCUAUGAACAUCGGGAUCGUUGGAUUCUUAAGCGUGUGGGAAGUUGAUAUGGAUAUCGUUACUAUGGUAAGUAUUGUAAUGGCGAUUGGUUUAACUAUUGAUUAUGCAGCUCAUAUAUGCUAUAAUUUUUUUAUUAGUGAUGUAAAGCUAAGUGCCACAGUUCGAAUGGCUGAAUGUAUAGAUGGCAUCGCAUAUCCAAUUUUUCAGAUCCUCGAUUAA